AUGCGCUUAGGGGAACCGGCCAGCAGUAGCGUGGUGACGGCAGAGGAAUAUCCUCCUGAAGUCUGUGGAAGGACAGAACAUUGCACCUGUCUCUUGAACCUUUUUGCCACCGUUUUUCUUUUGGAUUUAUUCAUAGGCUCAACUAAUGGCUGUGAGAGAACUUCUUUUGCAUUUUUGCGCCAAGAACUUCCUGUGAGGUUUGCAAACAUACUGAGAGAAAUUGAACUUCUUCCUGACAAACUACUAGGCACUCCAUCAGUACAAUUAGUAAAGAGCUGGUACAUCCAAAGUCUAAUGGAGCUGGUUGAGUUCCAUCAGAAAAGCCCAGAUGACCAAAAAGUCUUAUCAGAUUUUAUAGAUACAUUAAUUAGAGUCCGAAACAGACAUCAUGAUGUGGUUCCUACAAUGGCGCAAGGAGUAAUUGAAUAUAAAGAUACUUUUAAAGUAGAUCCUGUCACCAAUCAAAACAUUCAGUAUUUUUUGGAUCGUUUUUACAUGAGCCGUAUUUCCACCCGGAUGCUAAUGAACCAGCACACCCUGCUUUUUGAUGAUAAAUCUGGCUCAGGGCACCCAAGGCACAUUGGAAGUAUUGAUCCUUGCUGUGAUGUCGUUGAAGUAGUGAAUGAUGCUUUUGAAAGUUCCAAGAUGUUGUGUGACCAGUAUUACUUAACAUCUCCAGAACUGAAACUUACUCAAGUGAAUGGAAAACUUCCAGGAGAGCCAAUUAACAUUGUAUAUGUUCCAUCUCAUCUUUUUCACAUGCUUUUUGAGCUCUUCAAGAAUUCAAUGAGGGCAACCGUUGAAUUCCAAGAAAACAGCCCUUCACUCUCUCCAGUUGAAGUGACAGUUGUUCUAGGACAAGAAGACCUGGCAAUUAAGAUCUCAGACAGAGGUGGUGGUGUUCCAGUAAGGAAAAUUGAGCAGCUGUUUAGCUACAUGUAUUCCACAGCACCAAGGCCGAGGAUGGAUGAUGGUCGGAAUACCCCUCUUGCUGGCUUUGGGUAUGGCUUGCCAAUUUCUCGUCUGUAUGCUAAAUACUUCCAAGGAGAUCUAAAUCUCUAUUCCAUAUGUGGUUAUGGAACAGAUGCUAUUAUCUACUUGAAGGCCCUAUCAACAGAUUCAGUAGAAAAACUCCCAGUUUUUAACAAAUCGGCUUCCAAGCAUUACCAGGCUACCUCUGAGGCGGAUGACUGGUGUGUCCCCAGCAAGGACCCAAAGAAUGUAUCAAAGCAGAGUGCAGUUCUCUGA